AUGGCAGAAGCUAGCGGGAGACACGAGGAGAAAGCCUCGACAGGCCGUUCGGAGUCGAGUGUCGAGACGGAGCCACCACCCUCCAUGGAAUUCCAACCGAUCAGCUCCCAGCAGGAUAUUAGUCGACCCGGCUCCCGAGGUAACAAAGCUAUAUCCCUUCGAUCACUGAGUCGCACACGCUCGAAUAAUGGAUAUGGCUGUGAUGAAAGGGGUAGCACAGAAGAGGAUAGGGUUGCUGUUGAAAAUGGGCCAACGCCGGAGAAGGAUCCAUUCGAAGUUCGUUGGGAGGGAGGCGAGGGUGAUCCGUUGAACCCAAGAGGUUUUGCGUUAGCAAGAAAGUGGGUGAUUGUGCUGAUUAUUAGUGCGUCCUCAAUCUGCGUAACCUGUACCUCCUCGAUGUACACAUCCGUUUACUCCCAGAUGGAAAAGGAAUUCAAUUGCUCGCGGAUUGUUGCAACCCUUGGUUUGUCGACCUUCAUAAUGGGCCUUGGGAUGGGUCCUAUGUUAUUGGGACCGCUUUCCGAGUUCUAUGGACGCCGACCGAUAUACCUCGUUUCCUUCACUUUCUUCAUUAUCUGGAUUAUACCUUCCGCCGUUGCGCGAAAUAUCCAAACGAUGCUCGUGGCCAGAUUCAUAGAUGGCCUGUCAGGAAGCGCGUUCUUGUCAGUCGCAGGAGGAACAGUUGGUGACUUGUUUAACCGUGAACAACUGCAGUUUCCGAUGAUGAUUUACACCGCAUCCCCUUUUAUGGGGCCGGCUCUUGGACCGCUCAUUGGAGGGUUCAUCAACCAGUAUACAAGCUGGCGGUGGACUUUCUACGUCUUGCUCAUCUGGUCAGGUGCCAAUCUAGGCAUGAUCGCUUUUCUGGUCCCGGAGACUUAUCACCCUGUUCUUUUGAGGAACAAGGCCAGGAAAGUCAGGAAAGAGACUGGCGAUGAACGGUGGAAAGCGCCUAUAGAGAAAAGCGACAAGUCAAUUCCGAGAACCAUCGCGUAUUCAUUGCUUCGACCUUUCCAGCUACUUCUCCUCGAGCCGAUGUGUACAAACCUCUGCUUGUUCUCAGCAAUCCUGCUUGGCAUCUUGUAUCUUUUCUUCGGCGCAUUCGGCGUCGUGUUCGGCACUCAUCAUGGGUUCUCUUUAUCACAAACUGGUCUAAGCUUCCUAGGCAUCUUUAUCGGAAUGGUAGCUGGUGCGAUGACGGAUCCGCUCUGGCACAAAAACUAUAGGAGGCUGAUCAAGAAGCGGGAAGAAGCUACCGGGGAAAUUGGAGGGAGUGAACCCGAAUUCAGACUUCCUCCUGCUAUCGCGGGAUCGUUCCUCGUGCCAAUUGGCCUCUUCCUCUUUGCGGUAAGAAUGCCUGUUUGGGAUUUAUCCUCGAAUCGCCAGACGCCGUUGGCUCCUCUCAUGAACCCGCCAUUCACUUCGAUCACGAUGUGCCUCUUCACCUAA